AAGACUCUGCCACCAUGGGAAUGUGAAGUCUCAAUCGACGUUAACAGCAUGACCUUGUCAAUAAAACCAACGGCAGGAAUUUGCGCCGCAGGCUAUGGCUCUGGAAAAUUAAGGUGCUUUGCCACUCCACCUUGCUCCACAAACCCAAGUCACACUCUCUCCACCAACUGGAAAUGGUACUGGGAAGAUAAUGGCGGCGUUUGGUGUAUGUACGAGAAGGACCACUUGGGAAGAAAUCUACAAGAACUGAUAGAGCAAGCUUUCGUUAAAGGGCUGAAGCGAAAUGAGACAGACUAUACGUUCAAUUUCAAAGUCAAAGCUCAUGAGUACUACUUGGUCUUUCAUUCAGAGAAAGGCAUGCACCAAGUAAACAUGCAAUACGGUACCAAAAGAAAGGUGAAACGAAGACCAGAAAGACUUAUAUCACCUGAAGAAAUGACCGUCUUUAAAAGGUAAGAUGU